AUGCGCAGUCCCAUCCCAGGCCUGGGCAGGGUGAUGGUGUUCCUCGCAGCAGCUCUGGCGUCAGCCUCCCUCGCCAUCCCCGAGGGCUGGGGAGAGGAAGGUGUGCAGUACGGACAAGUGGGGACAGAUGUGACCCUGUCAUGUGCCGGUGCCCGCACCGGCUCGCCGGUGCAAUGGAGACGGGCGGGUGCUGCGGUGCUGCCGGAGGGCUCGGGUGUCUGCGGGCUGGGGUAUGCUGAGAGGGGACUUUGAAGUGACAUGGGAGGGCCCUUGCUAACCGUCGCUUUUCCUUGGACCCCAGACCUGCCAGGGGUCCCCUUUGUGUCCUGCAGAGCAUCCGACUAUGAGAACUUCUCCUGCUCCUGGACCUCCACUGUGGAGACCUUCCUCCCCACCAGAUACAUCACCACCUACAGGAAGAAAUCACUGACAGGUGAAGAGAAGCGGAGGAACAAGAACGGGCACAUGGGGCCAUGCCUGCAGGAUCCAUCCCGCCCUGGCACCUGCACCGUCCAUGGGUCGGAGUUCUGGAGCUCCUACCGCCUGAACAUCACCGAGGUGAACCCCCUGGGCUCAAGCUUCCGCCUCCUUGACAUCACCAUGCAGGCCAUCAUUAAACCGGACCCUCCAGAGGGCUUGGUGGUGGAGCCCAUCCCUCGGGCCCCACGGCGGCUCCUCGUGAGCUGGAAGUACCCCUCCUCCUGGCCCAAGGAACCCCACUUCCAGCUCAGGUUUCGGCUCCAGUACCGGCCCGUCAUCCACCGCUCCUGGUCCGUGGUGGAGACGGUGAACCUGUCCGAGGUGAUCACCGAUGCCUUCGCUGGGCUCGAGCACGUGGUCCAAGUCAGCGCCAAGGAUUUCCUGGAUGCGGGGAACUGGAGCGAGUGGAGCCCUGAGGCCCGGGCGACGCCGGUCAGAGAUCCAGCCACCACGGCGAGUGAAGAAACCACUACAGACACCAGCCUGGAAAGCCUGGCUGAGGAGCCCUCCCAGGCUCCUAACCCUGAGCCCAUCAACCGCAGCGACCCCCUGGAGAAGAUGGCCGUCCUGGUGUCCCUCGGGAUCUUUGCCUUCUUCGUCCUGGCCGCUGUUCUCGUCAUCACCAUCCUCAUCUGGCUCCGGGUGAGGAGACACAGCAAGGACAAGACCAAACCCCACAACUUCUUGGUUGCUGCCACCCACUUGAAGGCACUGCCGAGUGAGUCGGGAAGCCCAGAUCCUGUAGUGAGCCCUGGCCGAUCCCUGCACCCGCUCACCCACGCGUGGGACGUGAUGCCACUGCCGGCCCCCGAGGACCCCACGCCUCCCGGCUCGAACACAUGGGGAUAA